AAUGCUGCUGAUACUGAAGAUUGUAAUGAAGAAAAUAGUAGUUCAAUAUUUCAACAGAUGGCAUUCGUUGAAUGUGUUAAAUAUUGGGCUUUAGCUACAAAUCAGACACACCAUUCUGUAGAAAUGAUGCUUGAAAUGCUUAGGGAAAAGACUGCGCAAAAUUUUCCCAAGGACCCAAGGACGCUCUUGAAAACACCAAGAACAGCAACAAAUAUUACAAAUAUUGAAGGAGGACAAUAUUGGUACAACGGUUUGCAGAAGUGUAUCAUCAAUAAUUUCAGUUUCAGGGACGACGAAAUUGAUGUGGAAACUAUUUCUAUUAAUAUUUCUAUCGAUGGCUUACCCUUACAUAAGAGUUCGUCCACGCAAUUUUGGCCAAUACUCGCAAAUAUACAUGAACUUCCUGACUUUCCUGUCAUGACUGUAGCGAUUUUCUGUGGCCCCAAAAAGCCAGGAAAUCUGGAUGAAUUUUUAGGACCCUUAAUCACUGAAGUAAAUUCAUUAAUGGCCAAUGGAGUUUUUGUAAAGACCAGAAAGAUAGGAGUAAAAAUACGAGCAAUAAUAGCAGACUCACCAGCCAGAGCAUUUAUAAAAGGUGUUGCUUAUUUCAACGCGAAGAAUGGGUGUUUGAAGUGUAAAUGUGUUGGAGAAUUUAACCACGAUUCGAAUACAGUUGUGUUUAGAGGCAUUAACGCUCCUCUCCGAACUGACAAGGAAUUUAGAGAAGCAUCCCAGACCGCACAUCAUAAAAUCUUGACACCUCUACUGCUACUGGAUAAUUUCGACAUGAUACAGAAUGUUAUUAUCGCAGACGUACUGCAUUUGAUAUACUUGGGUAUUAUGCGAAGAUUACUGUUUGGGUGGAGAGAUGGUACCUUAGGUAAAUACACAAAGUGGGCUUCCAGUACGAUUGAACAAAUUUCUAAGUGGUUAAAAAAUGUUAAAUUACCUUAUGAAAUUCAUCGUAAAACACGAGAUCUAUAUUGUUUGCGACAUUAG